GUCAGUGUAUUGUAGUCUUUUGACUGUCAUCCAUACUUCCAUUGUCUAUAGCUCAUACAUACAAUCUGCAGACAGUUAUUAUGCCAUGUACUCAUUGUACUCCCAUGUCAUCAUUAAGUUUACUUAUUUAAUUCAGCACAACAGACAACUGGAGCAGCCGUGUAAGACAAUGAGAACACAAGAGAAAGAAAAAGGGGUAUAAACUGACAUGAACAGAUGGGAUGGAGGGUCUGAUAGCUGGAAGGAUAUUAAAGGAAGGUGAGGGGGCCAGGAAGCGGGAGCCGAAUAAGAUGAAUUCAGUGUAAGAAAAGGAUUUAUCUGUGAGAAGACAAGAAAAGCCGAGGUUUAUGUGUGAUAUGACGGAAGAACAAUUACGAAUGUGUAAUGCCUUCUGACCAAACUAAUGUAAAAGUUGACUUCUAAGCUUUCGGAAACGCUUUGUUUCACUUUUGUCAGCCGCUCAUUGAGGCUUUGUCUUGCAAAAAGGGCAAGCUGUUAUGCAGAGCGCAGUGACUUUUAGGAAAAAAAGUAUGAAAUAAGAAAAGCUAAAAGAAAUACAUCAAAUAAAUGAAGUAUGGCCACCAGGGAGGAAAAUGGGCUGGGCAGAAGAAAGACUAUUGUUCAGCUGUGCAAUGCCUGAUUACACAAAGAUAACAAUCUGAUGUUGAUUCCCCUUGAGGCUCGCCGUGCGCAGAAAGGAACGCGAUAACCAGCGUAAAAAAGAGACAUGCACGUUUUAAUCAGCAGAAAUACGAAGCUAAGGAGCUUUUAAUAUAAUCUAGCACAUUGAAAUGACUUUGUGGUAAAGCCAAGAAAGACUGAAUAGGGCAUGCGAUGAGACAAAGAAGGAAAUUAGAAGGGCAGCAGCUGUUUUGAUCGGCUUGCCUGUUGACGACUGAAUGUUGAUGACCUUUUAUUAUGAGAUCAUUAUCCAAUUUGGAAGCAGUCUCACCCGGGUUUAUAUGCUUUUCAAUUGUAUUCUAAUAAGUACAUUGUUUGGAAUUGGGGCUGUGGAAGUACAACAACAAGCCGAUGAAGAAGAAAUAGAAAUAAUCUUCGCUACAAAAGUCAUAAUACCUAAAACAAAAGAAGUGGUGUCCUCCACAUCUGGAAGCGACUCUGAUAGUGAGGUUGAAACCAAGGCAAAGAGAAAGAAGUCAAGUACCCCAGAAAAAACGGUUAAGAAACCCAAAAGUGGAAGAAUGUGGGACUUCAAAGGUAAAGUUCUGAUCGACAUCAGAGAAUACUGAACGAACUCUGACGGGGAUAUGAAGCCUAGGAAGAAAGGUAUCUCUCUGAAUCCUGAACAGUGGAACCAACUGAAGGACCAGAUUUCAUUAAUCGAUGAUGCCAUUAAGAGUAUAAGCAUUCCAUCCAAUAUCGCGUGUUAAACUUUUGCAAGUGUUGGGCUACCCUGUUUUGUAAAAAGCCUCGCAUUCUUUAAAGUACUCUGAUGUAAUGUUUUAUUUGUAAUGCUUAUUUGGUUA